AUGACCGCUACUGCAGUUCCUCCCCCCGCUACGUUUGAUCCCGAGGUUCACUACGGCGAUGGAGACGACAACGCCUUGUACAACCUGUUUGCGACAUGGCCAGAGAACUAUUUCAGCAGCCUUCCUAAACCACAUGGUAAUCGCGGAAUUGAUGAGCCCUACUGGGAAUUGCGGCAGUCACAAAUCUUCCUAGAUGACUGGUUCCGCGGCCGUGGCGCACGGCGGUUGUUCACAUCUUUCGUUCCCGGUCCCGACAAGCUUGAGAGAGUCCGCAAACGCGAGCAGGUAAAUGCGAAUAAUACCGAGCAGCACGCGACAAGCACGAUCCGAUUUCGAUCCGCCUUGCAUUUUGCCCAAGAUCAAGCCAAGUUGGACAAUGCACUAGCUCUGGAACUGGCUCAACACUGCCUGGCACCUACUACGCAGCGGGUUGUUCGAGGCGCCCGAGACCCACCACCACUGUCGGUCUCACCACCGUCACCGUCGCCAAGCCGGGAGCAAGAGGAAUUCGAGGAAUGGGCCGGUCUGUCCGGCACAGGGUCCAGCAGUCAUGGCGCUUCGAUACCCAUCCCCAACCCGCCAAUCCCUGGCCUUGCCAUGGUAUCGGUCGAUGCCCUUCAAUCGUCCGUCAACGAUUUCGCGAAAGAAAAUGGAUUUGGUGUUGUCAGGCACAACGGUUCCGGCAGCAGAGUGCGGAAGACCAGAUAUGUGUUCCAGUGUGAUCGAUACGGCGAGCCUCGCACAUCAAGAGGCGCAGGUCUCCGCCAAAGGCGCUCGCGCAAGUGCGGUUGUAAGUGGAAGAUUAUUGCGGAGGCCCUGGAACAGAACGACUACAGGUGGACGCUGCGGGCGUUUGCCGAUCCUCAGCACAGCGAACACAACCAUGACCGUACUAUGAGUCUAUCAGCGCAUCCAGUCCAUCGGAGACUUACUGACUCUGUCAAGGCAACCAUUGAAGCGACCAGUCGACGGGUGGGAAUAAGGGCGCGUGAUGUCCGUGGCAUCGUUCAAGAAAAGCAUCUCGGAACGCACUACACGAGAAAGGACAUAUACAACGCUAGGACACUCUUGCGACGCGAAAAGCUUGGCGGAUUGGUUCCGACAGCGGCCUUGAUCAAGCUGUUUGACGAGAGAGGCGUUCCAUAUAUCGUCAAGUGGUCGGAGACAGAGCCUGACCGCCUUGUUGGCCUCCUAUUCACCUUUCCGUAUUGUCUCCGAAUGUGGAAGCGCUUUCCGGAAAUAAUGAGCUUCGACAACACGUACAAUACAAACCGCUUCAAGCUACCGCUCUUCCAGGUAACGGGGCAAACGUGCCUGAAAUCUGUCUACAACGCCGCAUUCGGUUUGAUCGAUAACGAGCGUCGUGAGGGGUUCCAAUUCCUCACUGAAGCGGUCAGAGAACUGACCGAGAGGCAUGGGAUUCCGCUACCAGACGUUGUUAUCACCGACUACGAUAAGGCGAUGAAGGAAGCACUAGACAACCAAUUUCCCGACAGCCAGCAACAGCUUUGUAUCCACCAUAUCAACGCAAACGUUCUUCUUAAUGCGAAACGGAAGUGGAAGAACGCAGGGGAAGGUGGGGAAAGCGAUGGAGAUGGUAGCUCUUGCAGUGAGCAGACGCACGUGGCAUUGACCCCGACGGAUGUGGAAGCUGUGCUCGCAGCAGAGAGACAAGACAACCCGCUUCCUCAGGGCAACCUCGCUGCACCUGUGCCGCACAACUACCGUGGCGUCCUCGAACUGUGGAAGUUCGUGGCUUUCGCAGAGACAAGGGAAGAACACGAAAAGGCUUGGGCGGACCUAUGUGACGAGUUCGACGAUCAGCCGGCCAUCCUUAUGUACCUGUACAAGACAUACCUGCCAAUACGAGCACAGUGGGCACAAUGCUUCAUCAAGAAGCACCGCAACUUUGGAGUUCGGGUGACGUCUGGUACCGAGGCCAGCAACAACAAUAUCAAGAGCUACCUGCUCAAUGGGAUGAGCCAUUUGUACUCACUUGUGGAGGCUGUUGAGGCUAUGUUGAAAGAUCAAGAGCGAGACUUCAUCGAUGCCUGCUCGCAGGAUGAGGUACUGACCUCUCGGACAUAUUCUGGCCCUGGUUCAGAGUAUCUGGGAGAGCUUCGCUCGGUGAUGUCCGAGCCGGGACUCAAGCUCGUUUCCAAAGAACAUCGGCGGGCCUUAAGAUCAAUACCAAGCAGGACACGUCCUUGGCCGGAGCCGAUCGGGGAUUGCAACGAGGAAUGUUCCGUCUCGUGGCAGCUUGGGAUCCCUUGCUGUCAUACAAUCUACAACAAAUUAGAAACGGGCACAUGCUUGACGAAAUGGGACGUCCACCCUCGGUGGCACCUUCGGGAGCCAACUUCGCACAAUCCCUACCGCCGAAUUCUCGACCCUAAGAUCGCAGCAUGUCUCCGAGGCCGACCGAAGAAUGCGACACAGCCAGUCCCUGAAAGCAUGAAAGUUGAGCCAUCACGCUGUAGUCGAGCAGCAGCGGGCAAGACUAGGCCAAGCAGGAAGCCCACGCGCAAGUCAGCCGUCCUUGGGCCGGGAAAGCAGACAGGCGUGCGACAAGCUGGCCGUAGGAGGCAACCUAACUUGCGGCGGCGACGGUCAGAAUGGGAGACCAUCUAUGAUGAAGAAAAGCAAGAAGUUCCGCCGAAGCGGAGACGCCAAAGCUCCCGUAAGCAGCCUACCACUUCUACCACCACAGCGGCUUCUGUCCUGUCAAGUUGUGUUAGCGGGGAAAGCGGGAAGGAUUGUAUCCAUGUACGACUGUAA